AUGAAAUACGCAUCACGAAAAUACGUCGACCUCAUCCGCCAGACAUCCGCAAAAUGGGCCAACUGGGAUCCCCCAAUCCCCGUCCAGCCAGGCGACUACGGCACAAUUGACAAAGAGACAGGCGAAUUCCUGAAGGAGGGCAACAUCUACGACCCCGAUUUCGCACCUCACCUCGCUACCAAAUUCCCUAACCUCGAUCUCAGUAAACACAAGCCCGUCACUGCAGAAGAAGAAUCUGACUUCAUCGUCUCUUCCACGGGUGUACGACGCACAGACUUCAAGUUCGGUCCCGACAUGUGCGUACUUUAUUUCUCUAUGAUCUCUUCGUGUGCUGACAUCAUGUGGAUCAUUCUCGAUGCGUCUGAUACGGGUGAUGUCAGUGGUAUCGCAGGCAUCGCUAGCGCGUCUCUCAAAGGCGAAUGGCAGUUCCAAGAAGGCAGACGCGGCGCCCUCCUUGUCAUGCACGCUCCACGCCAGACUUACAUCCCACCCGGAACUAUCCUGGAGCCUCUCUACAACAUACCUCUCCUCAAAGACAAAUAUCUUGUCACCAGUGUCUUCUCCUGCCCCGCCUACUCUCUCUACCUCUCAAACAAAAGCUCAGAAAAAGUAGCUCUCGCCCUCGUCGGCUCCGUCCCAUUACCCUCUGCCCCCGCAGUAUCCGCAGGUGGCGAAAUCUCUCUCGAAUGGUGGACGAACACCCAAACUUCCUUCCUCCGCAAAGCAUCACAUAAAACUGGGUCAUAUUGCUACACCCCACUCUUCAAGCUCCAGCGCAAGCUCCCUUUGACGCGGCGGCUCUUCCGCGACUCACCUGUGCCUCCACCAGAGGGCGAUGAUUUCUGGACAGACGUCCAUCAGCCUUGGGAACCUCUCGACGAGGAUGGCGACGAAGAUCCCGUAUAUGAUGAGGAUGUUGACUUCGACCAAGACCCCACCAUGAUCAACGCAACGAACCAACAGUCCGGAGGCGGUGGUGCUGAUGACGAUUUUUGA